CGGAGCGAUGAUGCUGUGAUCUGUUAGUAGAGUCUGGAUCCGCUCGAUUCACCGCUGCCGGACGAUUGUUGUCAUUUUUCUGUGGCUAGCAUCCGGCGCUAGCUAGCCGUUAGAUUUUCUCUCCAACAUACUUUGAUCCAGCAGGAUGUUAGGAUGGAGUGUGGUCCAGUUCUGCCGGACAGCCUGGUGUUGGAGAUCUUUCUGCCGGACAGCCUGGUGUUGGAGAUCUUCCUGCAUCUGCCCCAUGAUGCUGUGCUGAUUGCUGGUCUGACCUGCAGACAGUGGCUGGCUGUCUCCAGAGAUGAGUUCCUUUGGAGGGAGCUGUUCUACAGCUUCUACCGCAUACCACGCUAUGUACCCCGACACCCAGCGGCGGUGUCGUGGUACAGGGAGUUCAGGCGUCUGUUUGACUGCAUCCCCUGUGUGGAGGUUCAGACGCUGGUAGAGCACACUGACCAAGUCCUCCACCUGGCUUUCUCUCACCGGGGUCACCGCUUCUCCUCCUGCUCCAAAGACUGCACCAUUAAGUUAUGGGACACGGAGCGGCCAGACGGUAAUAUUUCGAUGGUGCACAGCUCCAGCAUGCGGCAGUUUAACUGGGGCUACACCCAGUUCUCUCAGUUCAACGCUGACGACACCUUGCUGCUUGUGUCUGGCGUGUACCUGGGCCCACACCACUCCUCGUCUGGGGAAAUCGCUGUCAUCAGUCUGGAUAAUUACACGCUGUUGUCGCGUGUGAGGAACAAGCCGUACGAUGUGUUUGGCUGCUGGCUGAAUGAGACUCACCUGAUCUCUGGGAACCUGCACUGGAUAGGCAACAUGACGUCCUGCUCUGUGCUCUGGCUCAACAAAGCCUUCCAGGAUGUCGAAUCAGAGAACGUCAACGUAGUCAAGCGCCUUUUCAAGAUCCAGAACGUCAACGCCAGCACCAUCCGCACAGUGAUGGUGGCCCACUGUCGUCGCCAUGACACCCCGGACCUGCUGCUGGACUACGAGGCUCAGUCCCAGGCUCGAAGGCAGAAAGGUCAGCAGCCGCAGCAGCACCAGCCCCUGCUCUUUGACCUGGGAACCUCCGGCAGUGAAGAAGAAGAUGAGGAAGGGGAGGGGGGCGAGGCUGCAAGGUACCCCACCGGCCGCCAUCCUCAGCCCACCAUCUCAGGCCUGGAGCAGGUUAUACAGAGUUGUAAAAAUGUAGGGCACACAGAGUUGGCGAUUGAGACCCACGUGGCUAAGAUGAUGGGCAGAGCACACACGAAGGCCCCUGACUCCAGUCUAAUCGGGCCCUCUGAGCCCGGGGAGGGAGAGGACAAAACCUACUUACUCUUCACCACCGGCAGCCUUACAUACUCCCCUCACCAGAUAGGUAUUAAGCUGAUCAAGCCCGACCAGAUGACCACUUGUGGUCCUGUGCUCGGGGAAGAACGGAGUUCAGAUGAGUUUUUUGAUUCCUUGGACCAUGUUAUUGAUAUCCACGGACAUAUCAUCGGUAUGGGCCUUUCUCCAGACCACAGGUACCUUUAUGUGAACAGCCGGGCUUGGCCAGCCGGGUGUGUGAUCUCUGACCCGAUGUCUCCUCCUCCCAUUGCCGAGGAGAUCGACCUCCAUGUCAUCGAUCUGAAGAGUUUGAGGGAGGAGAGAAGGAGCCUGCGCGCUCACCGAGCCUUCACGCCUAACGAUGAGUGCUUCUUCAUCUUCCUCGACGUCAGCAGAGACUUUGUUGCCAGCGGAGCAGAGGACAAGCACGGCUACAUCUGGGACCGUCACUACAACAUCUGUCUGGCACGGCUGGCGCAUGACGACGUGGUGAACUCUGUGGCGUUCAGCCCCGCCGACCAGGAGCUGCUGCUGUCUGCCAGCGAUGACUCUACCAUUAAGGUCUGGCGCUCCCCGCGCAUGGUCCGCCUGGCGCAGACCCCCUCCCGGCCGCGGAGACCCCGCGGCCUCCUGUCGUCCUGGCUGAGCCGCAACAGGAACUCAACGUCUGCCAGCAGUGUGAAUGGAAAACCAUGAGUCAGGUUGGAAAACACUUGAAGUGGGAGGGAGCGGGCAGAGGAAAGUUGAUGUGUUUCCUCUGU